AUGGAGACCGCGGAGCGCGCGCACCGCUGCCGCCUGCAGCCCGCCGCCCCCGACGGCCCCGCGCGGCCCGGGAGCGCGGACUCUGGACCCGGAGGCUUCUGGAGGCCGUGGGUGGACGCGCGAGGAAAGCAGCAGGAGGAGGAGGACGCCCCGCACCACGCCGGGGAGGUGAUGCCCUGGAUGACCGAAGCCUCUGGAAAGCUUUCUCGAUACAGGCACCCAGUCAGACUAUUUUGGCCAAAAUCAAAGUGUUAUGAUUACUUAUAUCAAGAAGCAGAAGCUCUCCUGAAAAAUUUUCCAAUUCAAGCCACAAUUUCAUUUUAUGAAGAUUCUGAUAGUGAAGAUGAAAUUGAGGAGCUGAUGUGCGAAAAUUAA